AUGGAUCAGAAUCUGUUUGGUGGGGCCCCACGCUUUCUAACUCGACCUAAGGCCUUCUCACUGAGCGUGGGACGAGAUGCCUCGCUGAGCUGUACUAUCAUGGGAAACCCUGUGCUUGCUGUUACCUGGGAGAAAGACAAACUUCCUCUCUCCACAGGGGGACGUUUCAAAACAGUUGAGGAUGGUGACGUUUACCGACUCACCAUCUACGAUGUAACUCUAGAAGACAGCGGUCAGUACAUGUGUCGUGCCAAAAACAAUGUUGGAGAGGCCUAUGCAGCUGUGACACUGAAGGUGGGGUUGCCGCCAGCUGUGGUAGACCAUGCCCCAGUGUUUACCAUGAAACCUAUCUCCACCCGCGUGGGUCUGGGAGGUGACGUUACCCUCUAUUGCCGUGUGUCAGCCCAUCCAGCACCCAACUUUGACUGGGAAAAGGAUGGCCGGUACCUGGGUGAGACCAACCGCAUCAAGAUUACCUCGGACACCGAAUCCAGCUCCCUGAGGAUCCAGAGUGUUAGGAGCAUGGACAGUGGCACGUACACCUGCCGCGUGCAGAAUUCCAUUGGUCGAGUUCAGUCUGCCGCAGCUCUGGUGGUGGACCUUCAAGACACUCGUCUACUCAAUGCGGACAAGAGCACUUCCCUCCUCUCACACAUGCAAAGGCGAAAAGAAGAAAUGAGGAAGGACAUCUCUUUCUACCGCACCAUGGAAAGCUCCUCCACCUCACUUACAACCUCAUCCUCCAACAUAACAGAAGAACUAGGCAGCUUGGGGCUUGCCUGUGAUCCGGAACAGAGGGUGUCAGCCUUAGCGAGCAUGUUGCCCAAAGGUGUGUUUACCCGCACAUGUACAGUGACAGAGGGUAAACAUGCAAAGCUUAGCUGUUUCGUCACAGGCCACCCCAAACCACAGAUCAUCUGGAGUAAAGAUGGAGUCAACAUCAGUGAGGGUCGCAGACACGUUAUGUAUGAGGACCAGGCAGAGAAUUUCAUCCUCAAGGUGCUGUACUGCAAGCAGAGUGAUAAUGGCCUAUAUACAUGCAAUGCAUCCAACAUGGCUGGACAAACCUACAGCGCUGUGCUAGUGAUUGUCAAAGAGCCAAAGAUUCCAUUCAAGAGGAAGCUGCAGGACGUCGAGGUGAAGGAAAAGGAAACAGCGACUCUGCAGUGUGAAGUACCCUUGUCGAACACCCAGGCCAGCUGGUACAUGGAGGAGACUCGUCUGGAGGAAAGUGUCAAGUACCACAUGGAUGAGCAGGGCACCCUGCGUCGCCUCACUAUUCACAAUGUCACCACUAAUGACGAUGCUGUCUACAUCUGCGAGAUGAAGGAAGGCAGCCGCACUGUGGCCGAACUUACAGUACUGGGCAACAUCACUAAAAAGCUGCCUAGGAGGACAGUGGUGCCGGUUAGUGAUACUGUGAUCUUCUGUGUGGAACUUGAGCAACCAGUAAAUGAUGCAUACUGGACCAGGAAUGGGGAGAGGCUAAAGGAGGACUCCCGAAUUAUCAUUGCCCGCAUAAACAGACAGUACACCCUCACUAUUCGGGAAUGUACCACGGAGGACUCGGGCGAAGUGGCCUUCAUCGCUGGUGACUGCAAGACCUCAACUCGCUUCUCUGUCACUGCACCAAGGAAACAUCCCCCAGAUCCCCCAGUUGAGCCAACAGUGCGGAACAAGACAGAGUUCUCGAUCACAUUGUGCUGGUCCCCGCCAGACAGUGAGCGGCCUGUGCCCAUCACCGGCUACAUUGUGGAACGUAGGAAAGUGGGAGCCCAAACGUGGGUGAAAGUCACAAGUACAGUUGUGUCUAGCACCAAAUACACCAUCAGUGACAUCCAUGAGGAGGCGAGCUACCAGUUCCGUAUCUCAGCCGUCAAUGAUUUUGGUCAGAGUGCCUACUUGGAGAUCCCUGGAACGUUCUAUCUUGAGCCAACAGCAUCAGUAAAGACAGGCCUGGUGAGCUGCAGUGCACAUGCCGGAGAAGAAGCCACCUUCAUCGUGGAGCUCUCAGCCGUAUGCUCAGGCUCCUGGACUAUAAACGAACGAAUGAUCCGUAGUGGAUCUGAAUACCUGAUCACACGUUCAAAGACCACACACUCACUGGUCAUCAGGGAGGUGUCUAUGGCGCUGGAUGGAGCACAGGUCAAGUUUGUGGGUGGCGGAUCUCAGAGCGUUUGCACGCUCAAUGUGAACGCCACCCUUGCACGUUUCACCAGUAAAUCUUCUCAAGUGGAGGUGUUUACCUUCAGUGCACAUUCCUCUGCACAGAUGCAUACUGAAGUGUCCAACCCAAGUGUCCAGGUGAUCUGGAUGAAGAAUGGGAAGGAACUGAGAAUGGGUAGAAAAUAUGAAGCCACAAGUGUGGAACGCAAACGUAUACUUACAGUCCACAACGUUACCCAUGAGGACAUGGGCAUCUAUGAGUGCAUGUGUGACGGCGAUAAAAUGUCUGUUCAACUUGCCCUUAAAGAAGAACCAGCUAAGUUUAUAAGCAAGCCACGUGCUCAGCCCCAGGAGAGAGAUGCUCUGAUGGGUGACGUGGUGUUGAGCUGUGAGGUCGCUUCUCCUGGAGCUGCUGUUGUGUGGAAGAAAGAACAGAAAGAAAUAACAGAGGACAAGAGGACAACCUUUGUGUCUCAGGGGACACAAAGGAAGCUGGUCAUCAAGGGUGCCAAGCAGAGCGAUGAAGGCCACUACUCGUGUGAGACGGCAGAGGACAGGGUGACAUUCCUGGUCAAGAUAAAAGAAACUCAGGUUACUUUCACUAACAAAGACUCCUAUCAGAAGGAAGUGAAGGUUUCCACCUCCCAGAAAGCAACAUUGAGCUGCGAAAUUUCUGACACCAAGACUGAAGUAAAGUGGUUCAAGGAUGGCAAGCAGUUGAGCUCCAGUAAGAGUGUCCACAUGGAGUCAAAGGGCAAGAGCCGUCAGCUGGUGCUGGAGAAUGUGGAGAAGAAGGAUGCUGGAGAAUACACCUGUGAAGUUGGAAAUGAGAAGCUGCUCUUUAGGAUUCAGGUGGAAGACAUUCAAGCUGCCUUCUCCAACAAGGACUCUUAUCAGAAGGAAGUCAAAGUAUCAGCUUCCCAGAAAGCCACACUGAGCUGUGAAGUUUCUGACACCAAAACUGAGGUGAAAUGGUUUAAGGAUGGCAAGCAGUUGAGCUCCAGUAAGAGCGUCCACAUGGAGUCAAAGGGCAAGAACCGUCAGCUUGUGCUGGAGAAUUUGGAGAAGAAAGAUGCAGGUGAAUACACCUGUGAAGCUGGAAAUGAGAAACUGAUCUUUAAGAUUCAAGUAGCAGAAAAUCAAGCUGCUUUUACCAACAAGGAGUCCUAUCAGAAGGAAAUCAAAGUAUCAGCUUCUCAGAAAGCCACACUGAGCUGCGAAGUUUCUGAUACCAAAACUGAGGUGAAAUGGUUCAAGGGUGGCAAGCAAUUGAGCCUCAGUAAGAGUGUCCACAUGGAGUCAAGGGGCAAGACUCGUCAGCUGGUGCUGGAGAAUGUGGAGAAGAAGGAUGCUGGAGAAUACACCUGUGAAGCUGAAAAUGAGAAACUGAUCUUUAAGAUUCAGGUAGCAGAAACUCAAGCUGCUUUCACCAACAAAGACUCUUAUCAGAAGGAAGUCAAAGUAUCAGCUUCUCAGAAAGCCACACUGAGCUGCGAAGUUUCUGAUGCCAAAACUGAGGUGAAAUGGUUCAAGGAUGGCAAGCAAUUGAGCCUCAGUAAGAGCGUCCACAUGGAGUCAAGGGGCAAGACUCGUCAGCUGGUGCUGGAGAAGGUGGAGAAAAAAGAUGCUGGAGAAUACACCUGUGAAGUUGAAAAUGAGAAGCUGGUCUUCAAGAUUCUGGUGGAAGAUGUUCAAGCUGCCUUCUCCAACAAGGAUUCCUAUCAAAAGGAGGUCAAGGUAUUAGCUUCCCAGAAAGCCACACUGAGCUGUGAAGUUUCUGACAUCAAGACUGAAGUGAAAUGGCUCAAGGAUGGCAAGCAGUUGAGCUCCAGUAAGAGUGUCCACAUGGAGUCAAAGGGCAAAAGCCAUCAGCUGGUGCUGGAGAAUGUGGAGAAGAAGGAUGCUGGAGAAUACACCUGUGCGGCAGGAAACGAGAAGCUAGUAUUUAAGAUGCUGUUGGAAGAGCCCAAAGCUGCCUUCACCAACAAGGACUCCUAUCAGAAGGAAGUGAAGGUUUCAAAGUCCCAGAAAGCCACACUUAGCUGUGAAGUUUUUGACACCAAGACUGAAGUAAAAUGGUUCAAGAAUGGCAAGCAGAUGAGCUCCAGUAAGAGUGUCCACAUGGAGUCAAAGGGCAAGAGCCGUCAGCUGGUGCUGGAGAAUGUGGAGAAGAAGGAUGCUGGAGAAUACACCUGUGAAGCAGGACAUGAGAAGCUGGUCUUUAAGAUUCAAGUAGAUGAUUUUGCUCCCAAAUUCCAGAAGACAUCAUUGACAAAAGAAACUGUGGUGGUUGAGACAACAGAGCAGUUUGUUUUGAAAACUGAGGUGACUUCAGAGAGUUGUAAUGUUAAGUGGUUCAGGGAUGGAGUGGAACUGAAAGAAGGAUCCAAGUAUGAGAUGAAACAGGAAGGUCGCUCACGUUUCCUUGUCGUUAAAUCCUCCAAAUCCAUAGACAGUGGCACUUACUCUUGCCAGAUGGCUGAAGACAAGGUCGAGUUUACGGUUGAAGUCAAAGAAGUACCUUUGAAAUUUGUGGUGCCAUUACAGCCAUUGUCUGCAGUAUUAGAGAGCACCAUGACCCUUUCCUGCAGCCUCAACAAAGCCACAGGUAAUGUCCUUUGGAAGCAUAAUGGCAAGGAAAUCAAACAUGGUGGCAGGUACAACAUCCGCACCGAUGGCACCAGCUGCAUCUUGACUGUGUCUGUAGUGGCUCAGGAGGAUGAUGGGGAGUACAGCUGUGAAUGCAAAGAUGACAAGACCUCCACCAAAGUCACCACUAAAGCCCCACGCCUGGUGAGGUUCACUACCAAACUGAACAAUGUUGUUGCAAAUGAAGGCAAAGAUGCCAUCUUCAAAUGCUCCAUCACUCCAAACGAUGUGAAUGUCAGAUGGCUGCGUAAUGACAUUCCCAUAACAGCCAGUCCCAAAUUUAAGAUCGCUCACGGAGGAAGCAGUCACUCCCUCACCAUCACAGCUGUCACUCAAGAAAAUGCAGGAGUGAUCAGUAUUGAUGCUGAAGGGAAAGUUUGCAAAGCCACACUGCAAGUACAACAACUUCCUGUAACCUUCAAAAAGAAGCUUGCAGAUAUGACUGUGCAAGAGCAGGACACAGUUCGGUUGGAAGUUGAGCUCAGCAAACCUUCAACAGAUGUGAAAUGGAUGAAGAACGGUGUGGUACAACAGCCAGGAGGAAACCUGGAGAUCCAUGUGGAGGGUACCAAGCAAACUCUGGUCCUGAAGAGCGUGACAAAUGGUGACAGAGGACACUACUCCUGUGAAACCCUGGAUGACAAGACCCAGGCCAAACUGACAGUGGAGAUUAAGAAGGUCCAGGUGGUAAAAGGCCUGAAAGAGAUUAAAGUACAAGAAAAGGAGACUGUCACUAUGGAAGUGGAGCUCAGUAAGACUGACAUAGAAGGUUCCUGGAGUAAAGAUGGCAAGAAACUUAAAGCAGGACCCAAUAUUCUCAUUACAGCACUGGCAAAUAAGCAUUGCUUGACUAUGUCCCACUUGAAGAUAAGUGAUGGUGGAACUAUCACAUUCCAGGCCGAUGGUGUACAUACAACUGGCAAACUCAUUAUUACAGAGCCUGCUGUGAAGAUCCUCAAACCUCUACAAGAUAUCAGCGCUCCCGAAAAGGACAAAGUCACUUUUGAAUGUGAGGUGUCAAGAGCAAAUGCUGAUGUCAAGUGGUUUAAGGAUGAUGAGGAACUGAAACCAGGAAAGAAAUUUGGCAUCCAUUCCCAGGGCAACAAGCACAGCCUCCUGAUCCAAAAGUGUGCCCAUGAGGACCAGGGCCAGUAUAUAUGCAGAACAACAGAUGACAACACGUCAGCCAAGCUCACUGUUCAUGCCCGAGAUAUUAAGAUUGUGAAGGCUCUUCAGGAUGUAGAGGUGAUGGAGAAGGAGAGCGCAGCAUUUGUUUGUGAGGUCUCUUACGAUGAAGUAGAGGCUCAGUGGCACAAAGGAGACACCAAGCUCAAAGCCGGAGACAACAUCAAGAUGAGGCAGGAGGGAAGAACAUACAUUUUGCUUUUCAAAUCCGUGAAGGCUGAGGAUGCAGGUGAAGUCAAGUUCACGGCUGAGAAGGCGACAUCAACUGCUAAACUGAAGGUUAAAGUGGCUAGUGCUAAAGUCACGUGGUACAAGAACAAGUCGGAGAUAAAAUCCAGCAAGAAGCUCGAGAUCACCAGUGAGGACAUCUACAGGAAGCUCACCAUCACUGACGUGGACUCUGACGAUGAGGACACAUACUUGUGUGACGCCAUUGAUGAUAAGACUUCAUGUCAGCUACUAGUAGAGGAACAAGCUAUCGGUAUAGUUCGGGAGCUGAGUUCUAUGGAGGUUACGGAGCCAUUUGCUGCUCACUUUGAAGUGGAAGUCAGCGUGGAGACAGUCAAGCCAGUGAAGUGGACUCUGAAUGGGGAACAGCUGAAAGAGAGUGCAGAUAUCGAAAUGGAGAAAGAGGGGACCAUGCACCGCCUCACAUUUAAGAAGACCAAGGCCUCUAUGUCAGGCCCUGUACAGUUCACUGCCGGAAAGAGCAAAUCUACAGCCGAACUUAAAGUGAAAGAGCGUCCAAUUGAAGUACUAGAGCCACUGAAGAAUGUCACAGCCAAGGAGAAGACCUCCACCACACUGUGCUGCAAGUUCUCCACCCCACCAAAAGAAGUGUGCUGGUUUAAGGGUCAAACAGUUUUGGAGCCUUCCAACAAGUACAGCAUGAAGCAAAAGGACACCAGCGUGCAGCUGACCAUCCAGGCUCUGAGCGCAGAGGACUCUGGGGUGUAUCGCUGCCAGGUUGGAGUCUGUGAGAGCAAAGCCAACCUCAAAGUAGAAGAACGUAAAAUCCAGAUCACUAAACAUCUGGAAGAUGUAGAGGUAGAUGAAGACAGCGAUGCUUUGUUCACCUGUGAAGUUAACUAUGGUGAUGAAGAGGUCCAGUGGAUGCUUAAUGACAAGCCGCUCUUCAACAAUGAGGUCAAUGCCAUCACCCAUGCGGAUAAGACUCAUACCCUUACCCUCAAGAAUCUGCCCCCUGAGGAUGGUGGGAAGGUCUCAUUCAGCAUUAGGGAUGUAAGAGAAACAGUCUGCUUGAGUGUCAAAGAGAAGAAGGCUGUCUUCCUGAAGUUGCUGGAUGAUGUGGUGGCAGAGGUGAAAGGCGCAGUUACCCUAAAGUGUGAAGCCUCAAAGCCAAGGGUGGCCCCUGUGUGGCGCAAAGAUGGUACUGUCCUGGCAACAGGCAAAAAGUAUGAGCUCCUCCAUAAUGGCAAGUCCUUGGGACUAACUAUCCAUGACAUCACACAAGCUGACGCUGGGGAGUACAGCUGCGAUCUUGGCACGGACCUCGCCAAGUCUAAGGUCACUGUUAGAGGUGAAGCUCCUACCCUUUCCAAAGAGCUUCAAGAUGUCAGUGCUAAAGUUGGUGAAGACGCAACAUUCUCCUGUGAGCUUUCUCAAGCUGGACUGGAUGUGAAGUGGUCCAAGGAUGGCAAAUAUAUCAGGAAGAGCCAGAAAUACACAAUCAGCCAGGAGCAGACACUUGUGAAGCUAACCGUCCAUAAUGUCACUGAAAAAGACUCUGGAGAAUACAGCUGUGAAGUAACUGGUGGUCCAACCUUAAAGUCUAAACUGGAGAUCAAAGAACUUGCCAACAAAUUCAUUCGUGAGUUAAAGGAUGCCACUGCAGAAGAGAAAGGUGUUGUCUCCUUUGAAUGUGAGACUGCUCAACCUGCCUCUAAAGUCACCUGGAUGAAAGGUAUGAAAGAGAUCAAGGCAGGAGGAAGGUAUGAGCUGACACAGAAGGGAACUGUCCUCAUCCUCAUAGUGAAGGAUCUGGAGAAGAAUGACAGUGAGGUAUACACCUGUGACAUUGGCUCUACGAAUAGUACAGCAAAGUUGACGGUGAAAGUGCUACCUGCCAAGUUCAAAGAACAGUUGAAAAACCAGCAGAUUACAGAGGGAGGGAAAGUCUUACUUUCCUGUGAACUUUCAAAACCUGGCUGCCAGGUGCAAUGGAAGAAGGGAACAGAAAGUCUUAAAUCUGGAGGGAGAUAUCAGAUGACGCAGAAGGAGACCACAUUUGAGCUACAGAUCUCAGACUUAGUGGCUGAGGAUAGUGCAGAAUAUUCCUGUGAAUGUGGAGAACAGAGGACAACAGCAAACAUUGUUGUCAAUGCAUUACCAGUGGUCUUCAAGCGUGAGUUACAGAGCCAAGAGUGUGAAGAAGGAGACAGUGUUACAUUGCACUGUGAACUCUCGAAAUCUGGAGUUCCUGUUGUUUGGAAGAAAGGAAUACAAGCGAUCCAUUCUGGGGAAAAGUUCCACAUCAAGCAACUUGGACCAACUGUUGAGCUGAAGAUCACCAAUCUCAAGCCUGAGGAUGCUGGACAAUACACAUCAUUACCACUGAUCUUCAAAAGGGAACUGCAGAACCAGGAGUGUCAAGAGGGGGACAGUUUAACUCUUCAUUGUGAGCUCUCCAAACCAGGAGUUCCAGUGGUUUGGAGAAAAGGAACACAAGUGAUCCAUUCUGGAGAAAAAUACCACGUCGAGCAAGUUGGAUCUACUUUAGAGCUGAACAUCACUAAUCUCAAACCUGAGGAUGCUGGAGUCUAUAGUUGUGAUUGUGGCUUUAACAAGACUUCAUCUACCAUUAAAGUCAAUGCAUUGCCAGUGGUCUUCACACAUGAUCUACAGAACCUGGAGUGUGAUAAAGGAGGCAGUGCUACUCUGUCCUGUGUGCUUUCCAAACCUGGUGUCCCGGUGCAAUGGAAAAAAGGAAACCAGGUUAUCCAGUCUGGAGGGAGGUACAUUAUCAAGCAGACUGCCUUAAAGGUGGAGCUGAAAAUCACUGAUCUAAAAGUUGAAGAUGAAGGAGACUACACAUGUGUAUGUGGGGACAAGAAAACCACAACCAAUAUGAAGAUCAAGGUUCCUCCAGUUCAGUUUACCCAAGAACUGCUAAGCCAAGCAUGUGAUGAAGGUGGCAUUGUUACUCUCCACUGCGAACUCUCGAAACCUGAGGCUCCUGUGGAAUGGAGGAAAGGAGCACAAGUGAUCCAUUCUGGAGGAAAGUAUCUCAUCAAGCAAGUUGAGUCUACUGUUGAACUUAAGAUCAAUGAUCUCAAACCUGAAGAUGCUGGAGUCUAUGUUUGUGAUUGUGGAGACAGCAUGUCCACAGCUAAUAUCAAAGUCAAUGCAUUACCAGUGGUCUUCAAGCGUGAGCUACAGAACCAAGAAUUUCAAGAGGGGGACAGUGUUACUUUGUACUGUGAACUCUCAAAAUCUGGAGUUCCUGUGGUUUGGAGGAAAGGAACACAGAUGAUCCAUUUGGAAGGAAAGUACCUCAUAAAGCAAGUUGGGUCUACUGUUGAGCUGAAGAUCACUGAUCUCAAACCUGAAGAUGCUGGAGACUAUGUUUGUGAUUGUGGCGACAACGUGACCACCGCCAACAUCAAAGUCAGUGCAUUACCAGUGGUCUUCAAAUAUGAGCUACAGAACCAAGAGUUUCAAGGGGGGGACAGUGUUACUUUGUAUUGUGAACUCUCAAAACCUGGAGUUCCUGUGGUUUGGAGGAAAGGAACACAGAUGAUCCAUUCGGAAGGAAAGUACCUCAUAGAGCAAGUUGGGUCUACUGUUGAGCUGAAGAUCACUGAUCUCAAACCUGAAGAUGCAGGAGACUAUAUUUGUGAUUGUGGAGACAAUGUGACAACCGCCAACAUCAAGGUUAACACUCUUCCAGUCAUUUUCACGCUAGAGCUGAAGAAUCUGAACGCGGUUGAGGGAGGGAGCGUCAUCUUCCAAUGUGAGCUCUCCAAACCAGACAUUCCAGUUGAUUGGCGCAGGGCACAUCCGAUUCUUUUUAAAAUGACUCUGCACGAUCUGGAAACUGAGGCUGAGGAAAAUGCAGUUUUCAGAUGCGAACUUACCAAACCUGGAGCAAAAAUAAUUUGGAGGAACGGCAAGACUGUAAUAGAAGCAAGCACCAAAUACCAGCUCAAGCAAAAUGGGGCAGUGGCCGAGCUUAUCAUCUACAAGCUGCAGGGAAGAGACUCUGGCGAGUACUCCUGUGAGACAGAACAUGAUAGGACAUCUGCCAAACUCACCGUGAAGGAACCUAAAAUCACAAUCUUAACUGGUUUGAAGAGCUGCAUUGUCAAUGAAGGCGAGGAUGUCCAUUUUGAAUGCCUUGUCUCUCAUGACAAUGCACACAUUGUUCAGUGGACUCUUCAAGACGUCCCACUUCAGAAUAAUGAGAUGAAUGAAAUCCGAGCAGAGGGCAAAAGGCACACACUCACACUUAGAGGUGUUACUCAAAAAGACUCUGGCACAGUGUCCUUCCAUGUCGGUGCCCACACUUCUUUCGCUUGUCUUGCAGUCAAAGCAAUCCCAGUGCUAUCAUUUGCAAAGGAGUUGACAAGCCAAGAAGUCACAGAAGGGGAAGAUGCCUCAUUAUGUUGUGAGACCUCCAUCCCAGAUGACAAUGUGAAAUGGAAGAAGGGUACACAGGUCCUAUCUAAUGGAAAGAAGUAUUCCAUAAAGAGGGAUGGCACAAUCCAAACCUUGGUUGUCCAUAAGCUAUCAGUAGAGGAUGGUGGGGAGUACAUAUGUGAAGCAGGAGACAAACGAAGCAAAUUCACACUGACCGUUAAAGAAUGUGUGAAAAUCACACAAGAAUUAAAGGAUGUGACUGUGAUAAAGAAUGAGGAUGCUAUCUUCCAGUGUGAGUUGUCCCAUACUGGGGUUACGAAUGUUGAGUGGUGGCUCGGCUCCAACCAACUUCAAAACAAUGACUUGAAUCAAAUCAGCUGCCAAGGGAGAGAACACAGCCUAGUGCUGAAAAUGGUCUCAUCAGAUGAUUCAGGUGAUGUAGCCUUUGUGGUUGGCCAUGAGAAGAGCGUUGCUUACUUGGUGGUACAGGAGAAAUCCAAAGUUGUAUUUUUAGAGAAGCCUCUGGACAUAACUGCCAAAGAGGGUCAAACAGUGACCAUGUCCUGCAUGACUUCUGACUCUGAGGCCUCUGUUGAGUGGUACAGAGGUGAGGAGAGGAUAAAUGCAGGGGGCAGGUAUCUGCUCUACAAGGAUAGAGCCGUCCACCAGCUCCGCAUCCUUAGGGUGGAAGAAGGGGAUGCAGGACUAUAUUCCUGCAAAACCAAAGAAGCAGAAAGCUGCGCCACCCUUACUGUAAAAGGGCUACCUGCAUUCUUCCGCAAGGAAUUAGACAACCAGAAGGCAAUUGAGGGAGAUAGCAUCACCUUGCGCUGUGAGCUCUCUAAGCCGGUUGUAAGUGUAGAGUGGAGAAAGGGUGGAGUGGUGCUCCUAUCCAAGACUGAAGUCUUCAUAGUUUUGGGUAUAAAGAACACAGAUGUUUUUGUGGGCGAACAGACAAUUUUCUCCUGCCAGCUCUCUCACCGUGCCAAAGGCAGAGUUCAGUGGUGGCUAGAUGGCACUCGUUUGGAGAACAGUACCUUCAGUGAAAUAAGUGAGGAUGAAGACCACCUCCACACCCUCACCUUAAGGAACCUUUCUCCCAGUGACUCAGGCACAGUCCUAUUCAAAACAGGUGGACUGAUGUCCUCCGCCAAGCUGUUAGUUAAAGAUCCCAAUGUGGAGGUGGUCAGUGCCAUGGAAGACCAACAUGUAGCAGAGAACCAGCCUGCAGAGUUCAUCUGUCAGUAUUCCAGGCCAGUCAAGGCUGUAUGGGUGGUCACAGGCUGUGUGGAGCUCCAGGAUAGGGGGACGUACUCUUGUGAGGCAGAAGGAACCUCUGUUGUGGCGCACCUAAGGGUGCAAGUGAAACCCAUUGAUAUUCUCCAAGAGCUGAGUAACGUAGAAACCAUUAAUGGUGGGGAAGCCCUUUUUGAAUGCUCCUUGUCUCGUCCUGAAACUAAAGAAUGCCGCUGGCUAAUCGAUGGCAAGCCUCUGAAGGAGUCUGCAAAUGUGGAGAUAGUUUCCUUUGAGAGUGGCCGGCGGCAUCUUCUGCUUUUAAAGGACUUGCAUCCUUGUGAAAACACAAAGGUUACGUUCCAAGCUGGUACAGCAUCAACUACUGCCCUUCUUUCUGUCAAAGCCUGGCAACUGGAAGUGGUUAAGCCUUUAGAAGAUAAGACAGCUAUUGCAGGAGAGCAAGUGGAGUUCACCUGCAUUUUGAAUGAAGCUGUGCCAGAAAGUGAGGUGACAUGGUAUGCCAACGGUGUUGAACUUCAACGAGAUGACCACUGGGUCAUAAGAACCAGUGGCUCUUCAUACAGCCUCAUUUUGAAGAAAGCCAAAGCUCAGCCUACACAGGAAAUCACUUUUGCAGCUCGGGAUACCUUAUCAAUGGCCAAACUCAUGACAAUUACUGUGCCAGAUCCCCCGGAAGACCCAGAGCUGGUCAGUAAAGGAACAAUGUUUGUCACCCUGUCUUGGUUCACUCCCCUCAAUGAUGGGGGAAGCCCAAUCCUGGGUUACCGUGUGGAAAUGCGUCUACUGGAUAGUGUCCUCUGGCUGCCAUGCCACACAGAACCAGUGUGCAGUACUGAGAUUUUGGUGGAGAACCUCAUCCCUGGGGCAGGUUACAGGUUCCGAGUGGCAGCCAUUAACAGAGCUGGCAUUGGAGAGCCUGUCCAGCUCCCACAAACCGUAAUGCUCGAUGCACCAGUGACCAUGACCAAAACAUUACGUUGCUCUGAGCUCAAAAAAGGAAAGAUGGUGCGUUUGGAAUGUGAGCUUUCUGCCGAGAGUAAAUCAGUCACAUGGCUGAAGGACAAUAGAGAGAUAGAGAUUGGGGUCAAGUACCAAGUAGUUACAGAUGGCAAGAGCCAAGUUUUGCUCAUAAAGGAUUUCCAGUCUACAGACCAAGGUGUCUAUUCUUGUGUAGCCUCAGAGGAGGCAAAGACCUCCGUAAGCCUCAACCUUGAAGGAGAUGACACAACACUUUCUCAGGACAUGGGCAGCCAGCCCAAACUGCCUCCUGAGGCUGCCUCUGAAGGAGAUUUACAUGCUCUGUGGGAGGCAGUGGCCAAGAAGCGAAGAAUGAGCCGGGAGCCUACAUUAGAUUCAAUCUCAGAGUUGCCAGAAGAAGAUGGAAAAGAAAAGGCGCAAAGGGCAGAGGGCAAAGUACCUGAAAAAGAAAUUAAAGGUAAAGAGAGACCUGAUGAGCCAGCUUCUAAAAUCAGAGCAGAGCCUAAUCUAUACAACAGUUCUGAUGAAGAAUCUCUCAGUGGGACAAGUCUGGUGUCUUACCUUAAGAAAUGUAGCAAGUCCUCCCUAACUGUGGAAAGUCAGGCUGAGACCAUCGCCACGAAGAAGCUGUUUGACCAUUUUCAGAUGACUGAACAUUCAGUUUCAAAGACAGCUGUGGAGCCUCUUAUGGAGGCUAACAAAGGGGAUGACAUGCUGGAGGCUGCUGUCAAGAUUCAGGCAGCCUUCAAAGGUUAUAAGGCCAGGAAGGAUAUGCGACCAGUCUUCAAAGAAGUAUUCAAGGAUCAGACUAAGGAACCCAAUGGGACAAUUCAUCUGGAGUGCAUUGUGGAAGGAAAGCCAGAGAAGGUUUGCUGGCUGAAGGAUGGUGAAUCAUUAACAGAUGGCAAGCACCACCAUAUAGACAUCUACAAUGAUGGCACCUGCUCUCUUGUGGUGACUGCUGCCACAACCAAAGAUACGGGUGUCUAUACUUGUGAGGUCACCAAUAAGUUUGGCGUUACCACCCAUAGUGGGAAAGUCACUGUAGGGUCACAGCGAGAAUCUUCUGGAAGACGACCUCUUACUCUGGGUUACAGUGCAGAUAGUGAAGCUGAGAGUUCCUCGGGAAGUGAGUUGGAUGAGUCCCUGCGACAGGCGAGCAAGAGAUUACGACGACUCCUGCGUACUCGCCUUCCUCCAGAUCUACAGGAGGAACCUUUUAUGAGUGCCGAUGAAGGUGAUUUACCACCACCAAAUUUACAGUCAUACCGUGAAGAAGAUCUUUAUAUCUACAUCCGCUUUGAUGACCAUGCUGAAGCCCAAUUGGCUUCCCAGCGCUUCCAGGAAAUGUUUACCCAUCAAGGAGUACCCAUCGAAACUGCCAUCAUAGAAACAGGUGCUAAGGUAGAACUACGUAUCACGAAGAUGGGCUUCUCCCAAGACGGCUCCCAAACCCUAACUCAGAACAGACUGAUGCCCGCUUUCCUGACAGGAGUCCCUGCGGCUCCUGUCUUCCUGAUGGAGCUCCGUAGCCAGGACGUUCCUGACGGAUUUCCUGUCAGCUUUGACUGUGUGAUCAUCGGCACGCCCCAUCCUACUGUGCGUUGGUUCAAGGAUGGGAAGCUGCUGGAGGAGAAUGACCACUACAUGAUCAAUGAAGACCUAGAGGGUCGUCACCAGCUGAUCAUUACAGCUGUGCUCCCUACAGAUAUGGGGGUGUACCGAUGCAUGGCUGAAAAUGACAGUGGCAUCACCUCGAGCAAGGCUGAGCUGAGGGUGGACAUGUCAUGUAGCUCAGACUAUGAUACAGCAGCUGAUGCCACAGAGACAUCCUCCUAUGUCAGUGCUAAAGGCUAUGCAUCUAGCUCAGAGCUCAGGGACACAGAGGCCUUUGAAUCAGUGGCUGAGGACGAACAGCUUCCUCAGGUUGUGAAUGAGUUACAUGAUCUUUUCCUUAGUCCUGGAGCACCCAUUGCCAAGAUGAGUGUUAAGGUCAAAGGAUUUCCCUCACCGAGGGUUUACUGGUUCAAAGAUGGGACUCCACUUCAAGCCUCCAGUAGACUUUUAUUGACGACCGAGCGAGAUAAGCACAGUCUUGAGAUUUUGGAUGUGAACCGUGAAGAUACCGGAGAGUACUCAGCAUUCAUUAGCAACAUUGCUGGCUCCGCCUACUCUUCAGCACGAUUGAAUGUAUUGGGUCCAGGAGAGUGCCCAUUUCCUGAGCAGGGAAGAAUGAGAGAUUCAAAGGUGCCACUUGUGCCACCACGCUUCCUGGAGAGGUUCAGCAACAGGAGCGUGAAACAGGGAGCAAGUAUAACGCUGUCAGUCAAAGUGGAAGGUUCCCCAGCCCCAUCUGUGAACUGGUUAAAGGAGGUGUCAGAUAAGGAUGUUUUGUGGAUCAAGGCAGACACACCAGGCUAUAAGGUGGCCAGCUCUGGCCGUCAGCAUAGUCUAAUUCUCAUGGAAGUGGGAAAAGAACAUAGUGGCAUGUACACCUGUAUCACCACUAACCGUGCUGGACAGUCAGUCAACACAGCCCGACUGGACGUGGAGUCUGCACCAGAACAAAAGGGGAAAAUUGGGCCAGAUGUUCUUGGCAUUACUAUCAGCCCACCGGAGGAAGAGGGCAAAGGAGAGGUCAAACUACCUUACUUGGGUGAAGUGGGUACAGACGAAUUCUUACAAAAGCUCACAACUCAAAUCACGGAAAUGGUAUCUGCGAAGAUCACUCAAGCUUCAUUACGUGUCCCCGGAGCUGACAGUGAUGAUGAAACAAAAACACCAUCACCAUCUCCGUAUCAUGGCAGAUCACGCCCCCCGUCUCUAAUCGUCGACUCAUCAUCCGAGUCUGAUGAAGGAGAUGCCAGAGGAGAGUUAAUGAUGCGGCAUGAGUUCUCAAUGGACCAUCUUAAUGCACCUUUGCAGAUGUUUGAUAUCUACGUCGUGAUGGCUGACUACAACCCCAUGGGUGUCAGUAAAGAGACCAUCGCUUUGAAAGAGGGCCAGUAUGUUGAAGUUCUGGAUUCAGCCCACCCACUUAAAUGGCUGGUCCGCACCAAGCCCACCAAAUCCACACCAUCUCGCCAGGGAUGGGUCUCACCUGCAUAUCUCGACAAGAGGCUUAAGCUGUCUGCAGAUGCAGCAGAUCUCCCAGAAUCCACCAGAGAGGAAGUCACUGAGACAGAGUACAAGAAGAAGCUCUGUCAACUUGUCCAGGAGCUGAUCAGCACAGAGUCUAAGUUUCUGAAGGAGAUUGAGUUCUUCACAUCACAUCAUCUGAAGCGUGUGGAUGAGGAGAGCACACCGCCUGAUAUUGCUAGCCACAAGGAAGCAAUCUUUCGUAACAUCGAUGAUUUGAAAUCUUUCCACAGCAGCUCUCUGCUGCCUGGUCUGCAUGAGUGUGAUACGGAUGAUGACGUUGCCAUGCAUUUCCUGAGGAAUUCUGAGGGUUUCGAGAAAUAUCUGCAGUACCUCAUUAGACAGGCCCAAGCUGAGUCAGCCAUCAGUGAGAAGGCAGUGCACCAAUACUUCAAGGAAUAUACAGUAUCUGAGUUGGCAAAAGUUGAUCCCUCAGAAGGUCUUGUGCUGAGUAUUAACGCUUAUCUUCAAAGACCACUGGAGAGAAUCCAAAAAUACAGGGCAUUACUGAAGGACAUGAUCCGCAACAAAGCGAAAAAUGGUCAGAACUGCUGUUUGUUGGAGCAGGCCUAUGCCAUGGUGUCGUCCCUCUCCCAGCGCUCAGAGAACACACACCACGUGUCUCUCAUUGAGAACUACCCCGCCAAUCUGGAGGCACUGGGAGAACCUAUUAGACAGGGCCCUUUCACUGUUUGGGAAGGUGCUCCUGGGGUUCGAACCUCUUCCAGGGGUCACCAUCGCCAUGUUUUCCUCUUUAAAAAUCAUGUGGUCAUCUGCAAGCAGAAGAGGGACACAAAUACAGAUAGCCAAGCAUAUGUCUUCAAGAAUAUGAUGAAGCUCACAAACAUUGAUGUAAAUGAGACCGUUGAGGGAGACGAGAGAGCGUUUGAGAUCUGGCAUGAACGUGAGGACUCUGUGAGAAAAUACACACUGCAGGCGCGGACUGUUAUCAUUAAGAAUUCAUGGCUCCAAGACCUUCGUGAACUUCAGCAACGCUUCAGCAUGCCUGCAUGGAACCCUCCCGAUUUUGACACAGUAUUAACAGAUUGCACAGCAGAGCUCGGACAGACAAUUAAACUCGCCUGUAGGGUCACUGGAGCACCCAAACCUCAGGUCACCUGGUACAAAGACGGACGCGGCGUAGAAGCGGAUCCUCAUCAUAUCAUUAUUGAGGACCCAGACGGCUCCUGCACGCUCAUUUUGGACAACAUGACUGCCGAUGACUCUGGCCAGUACAUGUGCUUUGCCACCAGCUCUGCGGGCAACGCUAGCACACUGGGCAAAGUCACUGUGCAGGUGCCUCCACGCUUUGUGAAUAAGUUCCGGAACGCCACCCUGUUUCCAGGAGAGGACGCUCAGUUCACUUGCACCAUUCAAAGCGCACCAAGUCCCAAGAUCAGAUGGUUUAAGGAUGGUAAACUACUGACAGACCAAGAGAAGUAUCAGACAUACAGUGAAUCACGCAGUGGAGUGCUGGUUCUAGUUAUCAAGAACCCUGGAGAAAGAGACCUGGGGCAGUAUGAUUGUGAGCUGUCGAACCGUCUGGGCAGUGCCAGGUGUGCCGCACAGCUGAUCACUCCUGCUGUGGCAGUGGCAGGAGAACGGAGAGCAGAUCAGGCCAUCUCCAUAGAAGAUUGA